AUGGGGCUGGAGGACUCCCUGGGCCUGUUCACCUUCAUGCUGCCACUGACACAGUUGGAAAGAAGAUGCAGCAUCAAGAGGCUUGGCAUACAUCUGCAAGCUCCCGAUGCCUUGAUCAAGCCGCCGGAGGAAGUUGAGAACUUUCUGUGCGCUGGCUUUUACAGCUUGGCAAAGGACUGCCUGGCACCGGGCGGGUUCGUGGCCUUCUCCCAAAGUCAGGAGCAGCUCAUCGAGACAGUUAUUUUUCAGCUCCCGUACCUGGAUGAAUGUUUUUUCGGUCUGGACAUGGCUAACUAUGGCCCAGACAGGGUAGCGGGCACCACCCCACUCAACCAGCCUCUGGUCAAGCUGGAGGCUCUCACGACCCUGCGGCCCAUGGGCACCUUGAUCUCAGGGCCGCUGCGGCCAGUCUCUCUAGACAUCUCACCUAUGAAGCGGACCGUGACUUUGCCUUGGCACAUGUUUCAGUCACCUGGGAUGACUAUGAAGAUGCUCCACGCCGUGGAAGCUCUCUCGACCUGGAAGCGUGAGAUGGGUUUUCGGAUAUUUUAA